CCUCUCCCUCUCCCUCUCCGAGCUCUACCCCAGCCAGCGUCCAGCGCCGCUGUCGCCGACUCUUCUCCUCAGCCAGUGUCCAGCCCCGCCGUCGCUGAUCCUCUUCUCCUGGAUCCCUUCUCCUCACGUCGCCAGGUCUGCUCGGAGCUGCUAUUGGCGUCGCCGCCUCUGUCCUACUUGUCGUCGGCCGCCGUGAACUCGUGUCUCUGUCCUCUACGUCGAGCCCCCCUCUCUCUCUCUGUCAGAGUUCACUUUCCUUCCUCCCUCACCGUCACUUCCCUUCCUCCCUCUGCCGUCGCCAGCAAACUCUGCUGCCGGCACCGCAACGAACACCGCUUCCUUCAGAAACUUAACUGGAACAUAGGACAUGUGAAGUCCAAAGCAGCUGGACAAAGAAAGUGUAGCUGACUAAACCAACGCUUCAAAUUCCGUAACCGCCAUUUUCUUACAACAAAAUCCUUCGUUUUACUGCACCCUUCAACUGGGGCGAUGUCUUUGUCAAAAGAAGCAGAGCCAACGUUAGGUUACCUCACGCAUAAGGACACUGAGGUGAAGCUUCCACGGCCAACGAGGGUCAAGAACAAGACACCUGCUCUGAUUCAAAUCACAGCGGAGCAGAUUCUACGGGAGGCUCGGGAGCGGCAAGAGGCUGAGAUCCGCCCGCCAAAGCAGAAGAUCACCGACCCCACUGAGCUUGGCGAGUACCGCCUCCGCAAGCGCAAAGAGUUUGAGGAUCUAAUUCGGCGGGUGAGAUGGAACAUCGGCGUGUGGAUUAAGUAUGCAGAGUGGGAAGAGUCUCAGAAGGACUUGAAGCGAGCACGCUCCGUUUGGGAGAGAGCACUGGAAGUUGACUACAAGAACCACACCCUUUGGCUCAAGUAUGCAGAGAUGGAGAUGAAGAACAAGUUCAUCAACCAUGCACGCAAUGUGUGGGACCGUGCUGUCACCCUCCUACCGAGGGUCGACCAGUUAUGGUACAAGUAUAUACAUAUGGAGGAGAUGCUCGGCAAUGUCGCUGGCGCCAGACAGGUUUUCGAGCGGUGGAUGAAGUAUGUGGCAUUUGAGAAGCAGUAUGGUGAUAGGGAAGGGAUUGAAGAUGCUAUUGUUGGCAAAAGAAGGUUUCAGUAUGAAGAUGAAGUAAGGAAAAAUCCCUUGAACUAUGAUUCAUGGUUUGAUUAUAUAAGAUUGGAGGAGAGUGUGGGCAAUAAGGAAAGGAUCAGGGAGGUUUAUGAGAGAGCUAUAGCCAAUGUUCCUCCUGCAGAGGUGAAGCGAUUCUGGCAGCGAUACAUCUAUUUGUGGAUUAAUUAUGCACUCUACGAAGAGCUUGAUGCUGAAGAUGUGGAUCCAACAAGAGAUGUAUACAGGAAGUGUCUCAACUUGAUACCACACAGCAAGUUUUCAUUUGCAAAGAUAUGGCUUCUAGCGGCCCAGUUUGAAAUACGUCAGCUGAAUCUCAAGGGUGCUCGACAGAUAUUAGGAAAUGCCAUUGGAAAGGCUCCAAAAGACAAGAUUUUCAACAAGUAUAUAGAGAUAGAACUGCAGCUUGGUAACAUAGAUAGAUGCAGAAAACUAUAUGAAAAGUAUCUUGAGUGGUCGCCUCAAAAUUGCUAUGCUUGGAGCAAGUAUGCAGAAUUGGAGAGAUCUCUAUCUGAGACUGAUAGAGCUAGAGCAAUAUUCGAGCUUGCAAUCGCUCAACCAGCAUUGGAUAUGCCUGAGCUAUUGUGGAAGGCAUAUAUUGACUUUGAGACUGCAGAAGGGGAAUUUGAGAGAGCAAGAGUGCUUUAUGAAAGGCUUCUUAAUAGAACAAAGCACUUGAAGGUAUGGAUAAGCUAUGCAGAAUUUGAGGCACAGAACAGUUUAGACUUGAGAGAAGAAGAGCAAAAGAGGGAAUGCCUUCAGCGUGCUAGAAGGGUGUUUGAGGAGGAAAGGGAAAUGUUAUUGGAGAAAUGGCUCAACAUGGAGGCUGCUUCUGGGGAGGUUGGUGAUGUUAACUUAGUCCAGUCUAAGCUGCCCAAGAAGCUCAAGAAGAGAAGACAAGUUACUAGUGAAGAUGGUUCUGCCAGAAUUGAAGAAUUCAUAGACUAUUUGUUCCCUGAAGAAAUUCAGACGACUAAUCUUAAGAUCUUAGAAGCUUUUUCAUCUUUUGUCUUGUUUGUCACAUGUAUAUAUGUGUUCAAGUGAUUACGGAUGGGUCAUUGACUUAUUGUUAAAAUCGAAACUGUUGAAUACAAUUAUUGUAACUACAACUUAGCCAGUUAUGUCUUUAUAACAU